AUGCGACUUCAUGCCACGGCCGUCGGAAUAUUCGUACCUUUUGCUGUAGAGCUGGUGGCGACGAGGACAACUGCUGUAAAACUUCGGCCGUCUUCCAAGCCGACAAGACGAUUGGACAAAUCCUGCUCCCCUGGUACCGUAGAUACAGUCAACACCACUUACAGCACAGUAUACGACUCUGGAACGAGCGAUAAAAGCGCGGUGGUUGGAGGAGCUGUGGGGGGGCGUACUAGGAGCAGCGCUAAUUGCUUCGCUGAUCGCUUUGUUCCUGUCCCUGCGGAGCCGGAAGUCCUUGAGACCAACUUCAACACCCUCCAGCAAGAGCAAGAGACUGCAGCGCAGCACAGUGCCAAUGAAAAGGCAGCUCUCCAACAACAGCUCGACCAGCAACAAUUCCAUUACCAGCAGUAUCAGCAACAGAUGCAGGCGCCGACUUACAGCGCAGCCUAA